AAAUUUUAACUUUAAAAGCACCUUAAAGUACACCAUAAAAAUACCGAACUUAGAGAGGCUUCUAUAAUAGUAAAAUUUUUUGAAAAUAUCCCAAAAACACCUAAUAGCUGUUGCUAUUACUAAAGCAGAAAAAUUGGAGGUAGAACGAGUAAUUACAGAACCUCUGUCCACUGCCCAGCUUGUAUUUUCGGAGCAGCGACAAUUAUUUUCCCAGCAAUGAACAGUCCGACAACCCACGAGAGGUUCUCACGGUUUCUCAAGUCGGGAAUUUACCGGUUUGAAAACUCAACUGCCAUUUUCAUCGACCCGGUUCGAGUCCUUAACCGGUUCUACACACGGUUCAGAGUUUCUCCUACUGCUUACUACUCCCGCUUCUUCGACGACGACGACCACAACGGCAACUCAAAAGAAGAAACGCCCGAAGCUCCGCCGGAUUCCCGAAAACGGAAGCGCAAAAAAGAGAAAAAACCUCGCCCGCUAAACGAAACAGAACUAAUUGCCCAACGCCGCCACCAGGAAGUGAGACCGUUGCUAUUGAAAGCACAUGAAACUUUGCUUGGAACCACUGAGCUGUUGGCUGCUUUGAAAGGUUUGAGGAGUGAUGGACAUUUUACUGAUGAAGAAUGUAGAGGAAGUGCGCUGAAGAGGGAGGCCAGUGAGCUUAACUUUGUAGAGCUAGGAAGGGUUUGGCAAUCACCUCUUUACGAAAUUAGUCUUAAUUUCGAUCAAGAUCAGAAUUUUACCCAAGAUGGAGGGGACCAAAUUUCUGUACCUGUAUUUAACAAUUUUGUCGUCAACAACGGAGACAAUGAUGUAGAGGCUGAAUUAUUGAACCGCAAUUAUAUAAUUCCUCGGAAAAGUUGUUUUUAUAUGUCUGAUUUAAAGGAGAUUCAUAAUUUGGUUCCAGUUGAAUGUGAAAGCGGCUUCAAUCUCAUAUUGAUUGACCCACCAUGGGAGAACAGCAGCGCUCACCAGAAACUGAAGUACCAUACUUUGCCAAAUCGUUACUUCUUAUCCCUUCCUAUCGAGCAACUAACUCAUACGAGUGGAGCAUUGGUAGCCUUGUGGGUGACAAAUAGGGAAAAGCUUAGGAGGUUUGUAGAGAAUGAAUUGUUUCCCUCGUGGGGGGUCACAUAUGCAGCGACCUUUUACUGGUUGAAGGUAAAGGCAGAUGGCCAAUUGAUUAGCCAGCUGGAUCUCUUUCAUCACAGACCAUAUGAAUGCCUUGUCCUCGGUUAUUCUUCUCAAAAGGAUGUAGAUGUAGUUGAAUUGUCAGGACAUGUUCCUAUACCAGAUAAUCAAGUAUUUAUCAGUGUCCCUGGUGAUUACUCAAGGAAACCCCCAAUAGGAGACUUGCUGCUAGAGUAUGUUCCAGGCUCUAAGGAUUGUCGUCGUCUUGAACUAUUUGCUCGAGAAUUAGGUGCUGGUUGGAACUGUUGGGGCAAUGAACCCCUACACUUUCAAGAUACAAAAUAUUUUCUCAAAAGGAGGAGAGAUAGAUGAAGCUUGAGAUGAUGUACGCUCGGAUCAAGGAUGUUUCUUGCAAUCCAGUACUUGUUGACCUUUUCUAGAAGGCAUUUGCUUACUCUGAUGGCCGAUGCUAGUGGUAGAAAUUGUAGAAAGGACCGAAACUGCAAAACUAUAAGAUUUGCAGCCCCAGAGCAUGAUUAUUUGCCUGGCGAAUUGGCUAAAAAGGGCUACAUGAUGGCAAUUCUUGAUUGAAGUGGGUAACUUGUGAGAGUAGCUUAUCUCGUCUGUGCUUGCAUUGAUAAAAAGUUUGGGGCUUCAGCUGGAUCGAUCGUAACCUAAUAGCGGCUUGUCUUUACCUGUUUUUCCACAAGGUGCGGAUGGAGGCCUUGCAUAUCAGAUUCUGAAAGUCGUAAUUUUCGGCAGUGUUUUCUUCUUAGAAUUAUGGAAUUGGGGAAUAGUUCUGCUUCUGGGCGUUAGAAGAUGGGAAUGUACUACGUCUUAAAAUUUUCUUUCUACUUGGUACUGUAUUAUAUUCUCACAUAUCCUACUACCAAAACUACAUAACGACUGACUGGUAACUACCCCCUCGCCUAGUGCUACAGCUUCUUCUUUUAAGCUGUAUAUAUGUGAAUAAUUUUUUGCCAA